AGCCUGUAUCAUCUCAGCCGCGGUUGUGCCAUGGGAAUGGGUGGAACACUGAUGGGAACUGAUUGCCAGGAAGAACAGUGAUUUUUUUUUUCUUGUUCAGAACAAAGGGGCUAGACAGCCCGACCAAAUUACCAGGUGGAAAGACAAUCACUAGAGAUUAGCACAGGCAUGUCCACGGGGGCUAGCAUUUCACAAGCAUCGAAAAAGGGUGUUAGUCCCAAUUCAUCACAUCAACCUUGCUUUGAAUGUAGUUAUCAGAAUCUCUGGUUUUGGCUAAAGGACUAAAAUGAGAGCAAACUUGCAAAUGCGGGGUCAAGUUUUUUCUGUUCCUUAGAAAAGUGUUGUAGCUUCAGCAAUGGAGUAAAGAAAUUAGAUGUAUGCCAUCAUCAAUGGUAAUAGACCGACCACAGUACUACACCAAUGCAAGUCUGCAAGUUAACAUCAAGACCAGUGGACAAGACAGUUUUGUGGUGCUCAAAGCAACUCUGCAAUAAUACUCUGGGGUCAAUGGCAGUAUAACUAGUAAUCCCCUGCUUGCAACGGAUUAAAUAUUUCAGGGAAAAAGAAACAAAGAUUGAACAAACAGCGGCAAAAAUACCUGCCAAAAUCCUCAAUUAGGGUUGGCUUGCUUUCCCAAUUAUAAAAAUGAAGCCUUUACCAUUUAAAUCACAAGUUUUCUACUUUAUAAAGUCUUAAAUUUCAGAGUUUUCAAACCCGUUUCAAGUCAGAGAACAAAAAAAUGAGGGGCAGAAAGAAAGCAGCGACCAAUCCAUCAAGCAGCAGCAAAGGCGAAGGAGGAGUUGUAGGACAUGAACCAACCGCCAAUCCUUGCAAACUCUUUCAACUCCCACGCCGUACAAUCUUUGACAUUUUCUCAAGGCUUCCCAUCAACACCCUUUUCCAUUGCAGGUGCGUUUGCAAGAGAUUCCUCUGUUUCAUUUCUGAUCCUGAAUUUGCAAGGCUCCACCUUUCAAGAUCACCCCUUUGCAUUUUAAUCAAAACCAUGCCACUCCAAAAUGCUUCGAAGAGGCUCCAGUUAGCCCAAGUUGAAGCCGAUGGUGCAAAUUGCCACGUCAUGAAAAUGAACUUUACUCCCAAAUCAAACGUACCCACUUGCGAUAUUUCUCAUAUGAAUGCAUGCAAUGGUUUGCUUUGUUUAGUUGGAACUGAAAAAGAUUCUUCCUUUUAUGUUUGUAACCCAAUUUUGGGUGAAUUUAUCACCAUUCAACCACCUUAUAAGGGUAGGCAUAGAGGUACUUUCUGGGGACUUGGUUAUUCAGCUGUGACUAAUGAAUACAAAGUUUUGCAAAGCUAUUAUCCGGCAGUCGAAUCCGCUGAACGUUAUGUAAUGGCUGAGAUAUACACCAUUGGGACUGGUUCAUGGAGAAGCAUUGGAAAUGCACCAACCGACACUGUUGCUUUGCCGUUCAAUGCUUUUUUGAAUGGAGCUCUUCACUGGUUUCCCUGUACUCCUAAUGGUAGUGAAUUUAUACAUUCUUUUGACUUUGAUACUGAGCAGUUUGGGACACUUCCCCCACCUGAUCAUUUCCGUGAAGAGGAUAAGAAAUUUACAAAUUACGCCAGGAUUGGAGUGCUAGGAGGUUGUCUGUUUAUAAUUUACUUCACAAAUUCGAUACGAUUUGACAUUUGGGUUAUGAAGGAGUAUGGUGUCAAGGAGUCUUGGACCAAACAGUUUGUUAUUGAAAAUUUGUACCCAAAGCAAGGCAGCUGGGACUUCUAUGAACCAAUGGUUGUUUUGAACAAUGGAGAAAUCUUGAUGUUGUACAAUAAUGAUGCAGUAGUUUGUUACAAUCAGAAGAGGAGAAAUCUUCGAGGAACUAAAUUUUUCCGGACUCGCUCACAGUUUGAUGCAAUUGCUUACAUCCCUUGCUUUAUUUCUCUUUACAAUGUUGCAAAAGGAGAGCAAAUUUCAAGGAUCCAAGGCACCAGAGAAUACAACAAGCUCUGUACAGCAGAAUUCCGAGAUUGUGCUGGCUGUGGAGCACCAGUCAUUAACCCUGGCUAUAGUUUUCCAGCUUUUGGUGUUCCCUGUGGAGUUGUAAAUUACCCUGAAGAUUUAUAUGCAAGAAACUCGGGGAUCAUAUGUACAGCCUGUAACAAACACCAAGCUGCUCCUUUGAAAUCUUUUCUGACCCUAUGGAGUCUAUGAAGAGGAAAAUGGUAAUUGAUAAAUGAGGGGCCAUUUUGACUAUGGUAUCAACUAAGUCCAUUGGAAUUUUUAUUAUGAGUUCUGGCAUUGAACUUUAUGCCCAAUUUGCGAUGUAUUACUAAAUCAGCUGUUACUGCUGUUGGUGCUUGUAAAUAUUGAGACAUCUUCCUGUUGAAGGAGGGAAAGAUUAGUAUGCUAAUAGAAGAGUAGAUAUGCUUCUAAAUAAAUAGAGAACUGCCCUGUUUUCGGUCCUUGAAGUAUAUUUUCAGUCCUCU